UAAUUCGCGAGAGGAAAGUUGCAUCGUACAGUUAGUAUUUUUAUCCGGUUUCGUGCGCCGGCGCAUCACUCGCCAGAUAACCGCCGACCGCGACUGUUCCCUACUAUAUUCGCAAUGUAUAAAAUAAUAAUCUUUUUGUGUUUAUGUCUGGUUGUCAUAGAGGGACGGCCUAGAUGGCAGUAUUUACCGGAAGUGCCGGGUUAUGUACCGGUUUAUAUUAGGAAUGGGGACACUCCUUUGGAAGAGAUCAAUCCCGAGCUAGCGGAAGCAUUCCACGCCCUACCCUCAGGACGAAGUGCUGGUAAGCAAGUAGAAGCUUCUGAAGCUAUAGAAACCGAACAAGGGAACAUUCCAGAAAAACCGUCCUACAACGAUCGCCGCCACGAAAAGAAAGCUCUAGAAAAGAAAAAGAAAUACGAGAACGUCAGGCCCGCAGAACGCAGAUAGUAUAUAACGUAAUUCAUUUUACGCCCGUAAGAUUUUCGAAGUUAAAAACUAAGCUUGCCAAUUAGCAUACGUUUAUUUAUUAUGACUAUUUUUUAUUAUUAUUUUUUUGUAAACUAUACUCACGAUUUUACAAAAAAAAAAAAAACACGUUCGUCUGUUUUUUAUUGAUAUUAGUUAAUAAAUUAAUAAACACUUA